AGAUGCCUCCAGUUUGGGACACAGCCCGCGUCUGUGUGUGGAACAUUUGGGACACAUUUCCGGUUCAGAGAAGCGAUUCGCUGAUGAUUCAGAGCUGGCCAGUGAAUCGGUGGAGCUGUGCCGAGUUAACUGUAUACACAGCAGUUGGGCUCAGACGCUGCCCUCAGACUAACCUCUGAAGAUGGUCAAUCACUGCUGCGUGUCUGGAUGCCGAAGCGAAGCCAAGCGCACCACCAAGCGCUUCCACAGGUUCCCCAAAGACCUGAACAUCUGCAGGCUGUGGCUCUCAGUCAUAAAGCACCGGCUGGCCUCGGAGAACAUAAACAGAGACAGUGUGAAGAACCUGCGGGUGUGCAGCGACCACUUCUUACCGGAGGAUUACAGAGAAAGAUCCCUGAAUAACUCGCUCAACGCUUCAGCCGUGCCUUCGGUUUUCUCCUGGAGUCUACCUCGAGGAAGUGACACGGAGGUGUUUUCUGAUAAAGAAGGUACGGCCUCAACGGGUUCAGAAGUGGAAGAGAAAUCGUGGCGUAAAGCUGCCAAGAGCCUUCAAACAAAUCAAGGAACUAGCGUUUACAAGAGUAAUGAGGUGCUGGUGAGCACACAGUGUUUGCUGGAGCUCUUCCAGUACUGCUCACUCUGUCAGAUCGAGAGCUGCAUUACCAUUGAGGGAAAUGAGAGGCAGUUUUCAAUUACCCAGGACUGCCAGAGCUGUGGCUUUCACAGACAGUGGAGGAGUCACCCCACUCCUGCUGACGAACCUGUGGAGGCCUUAAAUACACAGCACAAACACCCUGAGGAGGCCAUCCACGAAGAACAAGAGGUUGAGGAUGCAGCUUCAUACCCAGAGACAGAAAGUACACCAGAGCCUGGGGAGGAGGAUUCAGAGGAGGUUGUGAUUCAGAUUGUGUCAUCAGAUAAUGAAGGCACAGAACAGAACUGUGAGCAAGUGUUGCUCGAAAAGAACGAGUCAUAUUUAUCAAGGGCUGAAGAGAAAACAAGUGAACGUGAAGCACCAGAGAAGAAGAAAAAUGGAAAGAGAAAGUCUCAGAGACAGGACCAUUUGGACGAAGUGGCUGCAGACUCUGAUAUAUCCAAAGAUGAAGGUGUCUUCAUUGUAGAGGAGGUGGAGAAAACAAAGAUGGAAGAGAGGGAGUCAAAGAGGCAGGAGUGUUUGGAUAAAGUGGAUGCAGACUCUGAUGGCUCCAUGGAUGAAGGUCUCUUUAUUGUGGAAAAGAUGGAGAAAAAGAAUACUGGAAAGAAGGAUUCUAGGAAGCAGGACAGUUUGGAUGAAAUGGCUGCGGACUCUGAUGUGUCUAAGGAUGAAGGCUUCUUCAUUGUGCAUGAGGUGGAGAAAAGGAGCACAAGAAAGAGGAAGUGCAAGAGGCAGUACAACUUCAAUGAAAUGGAUGUAGACUCUGAUGAAUUCUUGGAUGAAUAUCUCUUCGGUGUGGAAGAGGAAGAGAAAAAGGAAUCGGGAAAAAGGAAGUCUAAGAAGCAGGACAGUUCGGAUGAGUGGGAACCACGUUUGGAUGAGGUGGCAGCAGAUUCUGAUGUAUCCAUGGAUGAAGAUCUCUUUAACACAUUAACAGAGGAUGGUCAGGGUAAAGUUGUAGUCUGGUGCACAGUCUGUAAGACUGACGCUACGCUCUCUUGUUCCCUCCGUCACCACAAAAAAGUGUUCGCCUGUGCCCAAUGUGGUGCUGGUGACGAUGCUGAGACACACAGUUUUGAAAAACUAGCUUUUCGCUUUAACAACUUUGCCAGCUUUCAGAAACAUGCCGAGAAGGAGCAUGGAGUCAAACCACUUCACAAAGUCUGUCAGGAAUGUGGCAAGCUCGUUUUAUCAGAACCCAAAUCCAGCGGUAGGAAAGAUCACAAAUGUGAAAAGGCCAAAUCUAUCGUCUGUCCAGAGUGCGGAAAAAGAUUCCUUACCGAGGUUGGCCUAAAGAGACAUUUCAGUAAGCUCCAUAAGGACGCAGACCACCCGUGCAAAUACUGUUUGAAGCUCUUCACGAACAGGCCAUCAAAGCUGGAGCAUGAGCAGACCCAUCCAAAGGAAAAACAGCCAUACAGCUGUCCAGACUGUCCAGAGAGGUUCGACAACAUUCACAAACGCAACAGCCACCUGAAGCUCCAUAGAGGUCCGUAUAAGUAUGCCUGUGACACUUGUGGGAAGCGCUUUAGGGACAUCAUUAUGCUGAAGAGGCAUAAGCUCAUUCACUCUGGAGAAAAGCCCUUCAGGUGCCAGGUGUGCGAUCGUUCCUUCAACCAAAUUGGAAAUCUCAGCUCUCACAUGCGCCUCCACACUGGGGAGAAGCCCUUCAUGUGUGAGCAGUGUGGAGAGUGUUUCAAUCACAACGUCAGCCUGAAGAACCACCUGAUGCGGUAUCAUUAUUCAGGUUUGUCUCAGAUGGAGACACAGUAGGGCUAAGUUGAUCCAGAGAGCAGUGUGCUGUAUGGAGGUGGAUGUUGAACUUUGGAGAGUGGUUGCUUUUAUGAAGGCACGCAGUAAAAAGGGGGACAGUGUAACCACCACAUGGUUUUGUUACUUUCAGGUAAAUUCUCAAUUCACUUAUGGCUCUUACCUAGAACAACUAGGUAGCCAAACACCCUAAAUAGACUGAAAGAGCCAUACCAUGAAGCCAGUCUCCUGAAAAGAUGGAAAUCUGAAUUAAAUCUGAAUUACUGUCCAGAAUUGUUGGCAUGUUUCAACCAGUAGGCUGAAUUUCUUGCACUUGUUCAAUUUAACAUCUAGCUGCUAUACAAGACCUUUUUUCCCCUCAUUUCUUAAUUUCCAAAUGUGCCAACAAUUCUGAAAAUCACUGUAUGGGUUAUCCAUGUCAAUUCAUCAGAUGACACUUUUGACACUUGAUUUUAUUACAGUUCUGUGAAUAGUAACUUGUCUUGAAACUCUAUAACCAACUUCAGGCAAUGUAACUAAAAAGGCAGCCCUAUGCAUGUUGGCUACAUCGUACAUUUAGUUAACAGUUUAUGCAACCCCAUUUCCAAAAAGGUUGAGACACUGGGCAGAAUGUAAAUAAAGAUGUGUGUGUGCCUUU